AAACGCUCUCCCUCGUUGCUCUCGAUUCGGUUUCCGUUUGCUCCCGAAAUUGCCCUCCGCAAUCCCCCGAAAUCCCCAAAAUGUCCCACGCCGACCCCGACGCGUCGUCGUCGUCGUCCGCUUCCUUCGGCCGGGACUGGUUCUUCCCUUCCCCUUCCCCGUACUGCGUCCACCCCUCCUCCUCCGCCGCCUCCGCGGCGAAAACCCCGAAAUACCCCCGCCGGUUCUCCACCAACCCACGGUCCUACUCCUCCUCCUUUUCCCUCGACUCGAAGCCUCCUCCCAAACCGCCGCCGCACUCCUUCCGCUCCGCUCCUCCGGUCAGCUCCGCUCCGUACCGCGAGGCCAGGUAUGCCGGAGCCCGCCGGAGGCUCGGCGGCCCCGCUCUCCGACCGGAGACGUCGCCGGCGGGCGGCGAGAGGAAGGCGGCCUCAAGCAGGGACGGCGGCGCCGGUUGGGGCGCCGGUUCUGAUCGGAAGCCGGAGGCCCCCGCGGAGAGAGUUCCGUCGCGUGGCAAAGGGAUCGGGGACUUGCGGGGGAGGCUCAGGCUCAGGCUUCGGUGGCGGAUGGCUUUUCUAGUGGCGAUUGCGUUGACGGCUUUCAGUUCGGUGGUGCACAAGAAUUUCAGUCUACGUAGCCAGGUCGAGGAUUUGCAGGGGCAAAUUUCUCAACUUAGGAUUACACUGCAAGCCUGCAGUUUAUUGGAUUUAGCAGAUGUUGAAGGUUCUAUAGAUGAUCAGAAUCAAGAUGGACCUAAUAAACGAUUAAAAAACAUUGCUCUGAUAAGCUCGCUCUCCGUAUUAUGUCUUCCUAUUCUGUUGCUCAAGUGCAUUGACAAAGUCCCAAGGUCAAGAUCAUCAGAUGGUAUUUUGGAAGAAGUAUCUUUGAGCAAGCAGCUAGCAUAUCGACUGGAUGUAUCUUUCUCGGUUCAUCCAUAUGCUAAGCCAUUGGCAUUGUUGGUUGCAACAUUACUUCUCAUCUGUCUGGGAGGACUUGCACUUUUUGGUGUCACAGAUGAUGGCAUAGCAGAUUGUCUUUGGUUAUCAUGGACAUAUGUCGCUAGUGCAGGCAAUCAUGCUGAUUCAGAAGGUAUUGGUCCAAGGUUCGUAUCAGUUUCCAUUAGUUUUGGAGGAAUGCUUAUAUUCGCGAUGAUGCUUGGACUUGUUUCUGAUGCAAUCUCCGAGAAGUUUGACUCCUUGAGGAAAGGCAGAAGUGAAGUAGUUGAGCAGAAUCACACCUUAGUUCUUGGGUGGAGUGAUAAAUUGGGAUCGUUGUUGAAUCAGCUGGCGCUAGCAAAUGAGAGUUUGGGUGGAGGCACCAUUGUGGUGAUGGCUGAAAGAGAUAAAGAGGAGAUGGAACUUGACAUUGCUAAGAUGGAGUUUGAUUUCAAAGGAACAUCUGUUAUAUGCAGAAGUGGCAGCCCUCUAAUUUUGGCUGACUUGAAAAAGGUCUCUGUCUCCAAAGCCAGAGCAAUAGUUGUCCUUGCUGUAGAUGGUAAUGCUGACCAGAGUGACGCUCGUGCAUUAAGGACGGUCCUAAGUUUAACUGGAGUUAAAGAAGGGUUAAGAGGGCACAUUGUGGUUGAAUUAAGCGAUCUUGACAAUGAAAUUCUCGUUAAACUUGUUGGCGGAGACCUUGUUGAAACUGUUGUGGCACAUGAUGUGAUUGGUCGCUUGAUGAUUCAAUGUGCCCGGCAGCCUGGAUUGGCACAGAUUUGGGAAGAUAUCCUUGGGUUUGAAAACUGUGAGUUUUACAUCAAAAGAUGGCCCCAGUUGGAUGGCGUUCAAUUCGAGGAUGUGCUUAUAAGUUUUCCUGAUGCAAUACCUUGUGGAAUCAAGGUUGCAUCUUGUGGUGGUAAGAUUAUCCUGAAUCCUGACGACUCCUAUGUUCUACAAGAGGGCGAUGAAGUUCUUGUCAUAGCAGAAGAUGAUGAUACAUAUGCUCCAGCAGCAUUACCCAUGGUAUGGAGGGGACAUGUACCCAAAGAUUUUGGUAUUGACCAGUCUUCAGAAAAGAUACUUUUUUGUGGUUGGCGGCGAGAUAUGGAAGAUAUGAUUAUGGAGAAAAUCCACAUCAUCCCCCUGCCAGAGAGUUGGCUCUGCCACUUCGUCAUCUUUGCAUCUCGAGUGCCCAACCUUGUAUUGGAUGCGUCUCUAGCACCUGAAUCAGAGCUCUGGAUGUUCAAUGAGGUUCCAGAAAAGGAGAGGGAAAAGAAGCUUAUUGAUGGUGGUCUUGACAUUAACAGGCUUGCAAACAUAAAACUAGAAAAUCGGGAAGGAAACGCAGUUAUACGGCGUCACCUGGAGAGUCUCCCUCUGGAAACUUUCGAUUCAAUUCUAAUUCUUGCUGAUGAAUCAGUGGAAGAUUCAGCCAUUCAAGCUGAUUCAAGAUCUCUUGCCACGUUGUUGUUAAUUCGUGAUAUACAGGCAAAGCGCCUCCCUUACAGUGUGGCCCCAUCUCGCAGAGGAAAUUUCUCACAAGGCUCUUGGAUGGGGGAAAUGCAGCAGGCUUCUGAUAAAUCAGUAAUCAUAUCUGAAAUACUGGAUCCAAGGACUAAAAAUCUAUUAUCUAUGUCCAAAAUCAGUGAUUAUGUUUUGUCAAACGAGCUUGUCAGCAUGGCUUUGGCAAUGGUUGCUGAGGAUCGCCAGAUAAAUGAUGUUUUGGAAGAGCUCUUCGCGGAGGAGGGAAAUGAGAUGCACAUUAGACCGGCAGAUCUCUACCUUCGUGAAGGUGAAGAGUUGAGUUUCUAUGAACUACUCUUACGCGCCCGACUGAGGAGGGAAAUCAUAAUAGGCUAUCGUUUAGCCAACGCAGAGAAAGCUGUCAUAAAUCCCCCUGCAAAAGAUGAGCGCCAAACGUGGUCGGUGAAAGAUGUUUUUGUUGUUAUUGCUGAAAAAGAAUGAUAGGUUCAUGUUGCAAGGCCAGGAGAUAUAUUCAUCAGAAGUGAAACUCUCAACUAGGUGUCAGCAUGGGAUACUCGAAGGUAGAGUCUAUACUGUGUUGUCUUGAAUGACUCCGCCUGAAUCUCCCAAAACAGCAUGUCAGCACCCACAGAAUGAUCACUAAUGGCAGAGAGACGCUUGGUAAAAAGAAUGUUAUGAGUUAUGUUAUAGUCGGUUGAUAGCUAUCAUUGCAUAGCUGAUGAAUACGGCCUCAGAGAUGGACGACAGGAAAUGAAUGUUUACUGUUCUGUUGAGCAGUUGGUUGGUAUGAGAGAGAUUGUGUAGAUGUCCAGAAUAACUGAUGGGUGUCCGAUUGUUGUGAUUGAAUAAUGGUGGAUAGAAUCAGAACAUGGAUGGUACACGAGGUAGGAUUCUGUGAUAGAUUGUGCUGUUAUAGAGGUUCCAGGAACUGGUGAACUUGCUGGAUGAGUUGUAAUUAGAAGUUUUAGCCUUCUUUGGAGUGACUUAUUCGUUGACGGGAUAUUCAAAUACUUGAGCAAAUGCGAGAAUAAUUUCCUCA